AAUCUGUUCUUGACCAACUCAGAAUGUCUUCAGUACUUCUCACAUGCCCACUAUGCUCCCAACCAGGUUUCCAAACAAUUGAUUCAUUAUGCUAUGGGCUCAUCAGUGCUGCCACCCGUCAAGUUGUGUGUCCUGUGUGCCAUGAUAUUCUGUUUGGUCUUGAUAAGUUUACAAUUCAUCUCUUUAGCCAUUCAGUACAACACCAGAAUGAGGAAAAUCACAGCAUCCUACCCACUCAUGUAUCUUCUACCAGCAGUACCACAGUAUCGCUAAAGCAGCAGGAUUCCUUACCUUCACAAACUAACAAUCCACUGAAAUGUACUAAAGCAGAUUUCAACACUAAAGUAAAAAAUAUGAAAGAAUUACCUUUUCCACAUGACCACACUAACAUCCCCUGUUGUAGAAACCAGCAAACUGCACCAGGAUCAUCAGCAUAUUGUACCAAGGAAAUGAAAAUUGAAGGUAAACUAAGAAUGGAAAACGUUGAUGAUAAACAGAGUUAUAAUAUUGUUUCUGACAUUGAUGAAGCAACAAAGAAGCCUGAGAUAAAUGCAAUUUGGGAAAAACAGUUAAGUAAUAAUAAAUCAAAUUAUGAAUACAGUAUUGUUGAUCAAAGCAGCAAUUUUAUUCUGCAUUCAUAUACACAAAGUAAUACUGAAUCAGUUACAGUGGAGACUACAAAUAAAUCUUCACAGACAGUCUCAGGAUGUCUGGAAACACCACAAUCACCAAUAAUCAGAAAUAUUUCUUCUUCAUUGGGUAGUAAGCCAAUGUAUCAUCCAUAUCACUGCAGUUCUGGAAACAUACCAAAAACAACACAGGAAAACUGUUCAGUCCAGUGUGCAGCUUUGCCAUCUGUACCGCCACCAUUACAAGAAAAACGGACACCACUUUCACCCACAGAUAAAGAAAUUACGGAAAUUAUAAGAUGUGAUAUUUGUGGUUUUUCAUUUGAAGAUUCAUCAAUAUUAGCAAUACAUCACCAGUUAGUACACUGUGUGGAAAGUGGCAGUGAAACACCAAAUCACAGAAUACAAGCUUCAAAUGGAACCAAACAAGGUUGGACUUUAGAUGAGAAACAUCCAUUUCCAUGUCAUCUCUGUUCAAAGGCAUUCAAGAUGCGUGGAAGCUUAAUGGUUCAUUUGAGAGUUGCCCAUAGCAGUGGUAUAGUAUCAG